UCACCGGGGGAAACGAGGUAUUUCACACACACACACACACACACACGCACACGCGCAUGUGUGGACAAAACUAGCUGUCAACAAACGAACUCAUUCACUUCUGGUUCCACAAAGACGUGAAGAGACACACUGGGACAAUGUUCCGCAGCAUUAAGGUGUUCGUGUUGUGUCACGGGCUGCUGCAGUUCUCUCAGCUGCUCUACAGCUCUUACUUCAAGAGCACCAUCAGCACCAUCGAGAGGCGCUACGGCCUGAGCAGCUACUCCUCAGGAACCAUUUCCUCCCUGCACGAGGUGAGUAACAGCGUGCUGAUUGUCUUCCUGAGCUACUUCGGCAAUCGUCUCCACCGCCCUCGCAUCAUCGGGAUCGGUGGAGUGCUGAUGGCCAUCAGCUCCUUGAUCCUGACCUUGCCUCACUUCCUGUCCCAGCCUUACGACUACGACUCUGUUCUACUGAAUGGCCACGACAUUUGCGACCUGCAGGGCAACUCCAGCGCAUCCGAAUCUUGCGGCCACGACGAGAGCAGACGCCUGGCCGACACCAAGACCUUGUGGCUGCUCAUGGCCGCUGCACAGCUGCUGUUUGGGGUGGGCUCCGUGCCCAUUCAGCCCUUUGGGAUCUCCUACAUCGAUGACUUUGCUGCACCCGGGAACUCUCCUCUCUACAUAGCCAUCCUGUUUGCUGUUUCUGUGUUUGGGCCAGCCAUCGGCUUCCUGCUGGGUUCGGUCAUGCUUCGCAUCUACGUUGAUGUGGACAAAUCUGCCCUAGGCAGUGAUCAGGUGCUGAGACCGGGUGACCCCCGCUGGGUGGGCGCUUGGUGGAUGGGCCUCCUCAUCACCUCGACCUGCCUAGCGCUCACCUCCAUCCCUUACUUCUUCUUCCCUCGCAGGAUUCCUUCAGGAGAGCAUAUGCUGGGAAGUGGAUCUAAUGUGAAUGGCAACUGCAAGAAGCCUCACGUGUCUUUAUCAGACUUCUUGAAGAUGUUUCCCAGAAUGUUUUUCCACCUCCUGUUGAGCCCGCUCUUCCUUACCUUGGUCCUGGCCCAAUGCUGCUUCUCUUCAGUCAUCGCCGGCCUCUCCACCUUCCUCAAAAAGUUCCUGGAGCACCAGUACAGCGCCUCCACCGCCGACAGCAGUCUGCUUGUAGGUGCUGUAAAUCUUCCAGCAGUGGCUGUGGGGAUGCUGAUUGGGGGGGUCAUUAUGAAGAGGACGGGGAUGUCUCUGAAGAACAUUCCACGCUUCUCUGUGGUCUUGUUGACCAUGUCCACCCUCCUCUUCAUUCCGCUCUUCUUCAUGGGCUGCUCCACACAGAGAGUCUCCGAGGUCAAUCACUACCAAAUUGGACAGUACGGGUCUCUGUCCAUGUGUUACGCCAACUGCUCGUGUCCUGCCAGCGCCUUCAACCCCGUAUGCGGUUCUGAUAGCAUCGAGUACAUUUCCCCGUGUCACGCGGGCUGCACCAACUUCAUCAGAAACCCCAACCAUACACACCUGGUCCAGCUUUACACCAACUGCAGUUGCAUAUCUGACAGCCAGAGCCACGCAAGGCCAGCGCCGUGUCCAAACAACUGCCCUCACUUCCUCCUGCCCGUUAUACUGGUCAUCUCUGUGGGAGCGCUGAUCGCCUGCCUCACGCACAACCCCAUGUACAUGAUGCUGCUCAGAAGCGUACCAUCUGAAGAGAAAUCGUUUGCCAUCGGCGUCCAAUUUCUGCUCUUGAGGCUUUUAGCCUGGCUUCCGGCGCCGGCUCUCUUUGGCACGGCCAUCGACACGUCGUGCAUGUGGUGGAAGCGCGUAUGCGGCAAGAAGUUUAGCUGCGCGUACUACGACAACGACAUCUUGAGAAACAGGUACCUGGGAUUACACGUGGGCUACAAGGUCAUGGGCGUGGUGCUGCUGGCCAUCCUGGGUUGGAAGGUGCAGCGGACUCAGGAGUACAGUCUGGAGAAGAGACCUGAUGGAGUGCUGUGAGGCUUCCUGACGAUCCUUGUAGAAUUUGGAUGGAAGCCUGGACCUCCUCACUCCAACCUUUCAAAUAUGACGUCAUCAGAGCUAAGACCAUACACCUCAAAAUAAAAAGUAGCUUUGUUCCCUGCUUCCUGUCAGGUAGGUCAUGUGCAGCAGCAGGAGCGCACCCUGUAACUCAUUAGAGCUUGGUAUUUAUUGUUUGUUAUCCAUGUUGGCAGAGACGUAUGAUAUGUAGAAGUGCACACUACACUUUUUAUACACUGUAUUGUCAUUAAUGACACAUUUAAAUGUUUUUUUUAUAUUCUGUACUAAUCGCACAUUUUUGGUGCUACGUACCACAAAAGUGAACAUGAUUUUUAAGUAUUGCUUUGGAAUAAAAUAUGUAAUAUUUUUCCAUCCAUCCAUUUCCUAUAGUGCUGGUCCUCAUUAGAGGCUUGUGCGAGCUGGAGCAUACCCAAGUUGACUUUGGGUGAUAUUGGCAACUUCCAGUGCAAUUAAUCAGAAAUGUUUGUGGGAUAUGGGAGGAAUGGAAGAUAACUGUACAUUUUUGCUCUUUUUUUGUUAAUAAAUCCCGUUACAUUUGCAAAA